AGUACCGGCGGCAAGAAGGCGACUUGCGCCCGGUUCCCGUUUCAUACCCGGCCCGAGGCUGGGGACGGGCUGCUCUUGUUCGGGGGCUCCUGGCUGAGACGGGUGAGGCCGGCUCCGCUGCUGCGGCCACUGGGCACUAGCCUUCCUCCUUUGAGCCUUUGAGCCACUGUCAUCAUGCUUUUGCCCGUGUUCACCCUGAAACUGCGCCACAAAAUCAGCCCCCGCAUGGUGGCCGUAGGACGCUACGACGGGACCCACCCGUGCUUGGCGGCCGCCACCGAAGCAGGCAAGGUUUUUAUUCACAAUCCUCAUACCCGGAACCAGCAUUUCGGCGCAUCCAGGGUCUUCCAGAGUCCGUUGGAGUCUGAUAUUUCUCUUCUCAACAUUAACCAGGCGGUCAGCUGCCUGACCGCAGGAGUGCUGAACCCUGAGCUUGGCUACGACACUCUGCUAGUGGGGACACAGACUAAUCUUUUGGCUUACGACGUCUACAAUAAUUCAGAUUUGUUCUACAGAGAGGUAGCAGACGGGGCAAAUGCAGUUGUCCUGGGCACGUUGGGAGACAUUUCCUCUCCUCUUGCGAUUAUUGGUGGAAACUGUGCCCUGCAGGGUUUUGAUCAUGAAGGAAAUGAUCUCUUUUGGACGGUUACUGGAGAUAAUGUUCAUUCCUUGGCCUUGUGUGACUUUGAUGGUGAUGGAAAGCAAGAGCUUCUUGUUGGAUCUGAAGAUUUUGAUAUCAGAGUUUUUAAAGAAGAUGAGAUUGUGGCAGAAAUGACAGAAACAGAGGUAAUCACCUCUCUCUGCCCUAUGUAUGGCAGUCGAUUUGGUUAUGCCCUUUCCAAUGGCACAGUUGGAGUUUAUGACAAAACAGCCCGAUAUUGGAGAAUUAAAUCCAAAAAUCAUGCCAUGAGCAUUCAUGCUUUUGACCUUAAUUCUGAUGGAGUAUGUGAGCUGAUAACUGGUUGGUCCAAUGGGAAGGUUGAUGCUCGAAGUGACCGAACAGGGGAGGUCAUCUUUAAAGACAACUUUUCUUCUGCAAUUGCUGGUGUGGUAGAGGGAGAUUACCGGAUGGAUGGCCACAUACAGUUAAUCUGCUGCUCAGUGGAUGGGGAAAUCCGGGGCUACCUGCCAGGAACGGCUGAAAUGAAGGGGAACCUCAUGGACACCAGCGUGGAGCAGGACCUCAUCCGGGAGCUUAGUCAGAAAAAACAGAAUCUGUUGCUGGAACUCCGCAACUAUGAGGAAAACAGCAAGGGUGAAUUGAGCAGUCCAGUGAAUGAGGCUGAUGGGCAUCGGGGCAUUAUCCCGGCCAAUACCAAGCUGCACACUGCCCUCUCAGUCAAUCUGGGGAAUGAGAUUCGAGCUGCUCAUGCAGAAUUGUGCAUUUCCACUUCUAAUGAUACCGUCAUCCGAGCGGUAUUGAUUUUUGCAGAGGGAAUUUUUAUAGGUGAAAGCCACGUGGUGCACCCCAGCACUCACAAUCUCUCCAGCUCCAUCCGCAUCCCAAUUACACCUCCCAAAGAUGUCCCUGUGGAUCUGCACUUGAAAACCUUCGUGGGUUACAGAAGCAGCACCCAGUUUCAUGUAUUUGAAUUGACGAGACAGCUCCCCCGAUUUUCCAUGUAUGCACUGACCAGCCCGGACUCUGCCAGUGAGCCACUCAGUUAUGUUAACUUUAUCAUUGCAGAACGGGCACAGAGGGUUGUUAUGUGGCUCAACCAGAAUUUUCUGUUACCAGAAGACACUAACAUUCAGAAUGCUCCAUUUCAAGUGUGUUUCACAUCCUUAAGGAAUGGUGGCCAGCUGUAUAUAAAAAUAAAACUUAGUGGAGAGAUCACUGUAAAUACUGAUGAUAUUGAUUUGGCUGCUGAUAUCAUCCAGUCCAUGGCAUCAUUUUUUGCUAUUGAAGACCUUCAGGUAGAAGCGGAUUUUCCUGCCUACUUUGAGGAAUUACGAAAAGUGUUGGUUAAGGUGGAUGAAUAUCAUUCAGUGCACCAGAAGCUCAGUGCUGACAUGGCUGAUAAUUCUAAUCUGAUCCGAAGUUUGCUGGUCCGAGCUGAGGAUGCUCGUCUGAUGAGGGAUAUGAAAACAAUGAAGAAUCGCUAUAUGGAACUCUAUGACCUUAAUAAGGACUUGCUAAAUGGAUAUAAAAUUCGCUGUAACAACCAUACAGAGCUGUUGGGAAACCUCAAAGCAGUAAAUCAAGCGAUACAAAGAGCAGGUCGUCUGCGUGUUGGGAAACCAAAGAACCAGGUGAUCACUGCCUGUCGGGAUGCCAUUCGAAGUAACAACAUUAACACUUUGUUCAGAAUAAUGCGUGUGGGGACAGCUUCUUUAUAGGAGAGGGAUAGGUAACGCAGUUCCUGGAAAAUGUUUUUCCUUAAACAUCUAGGCUGAUUUGCUUUGGAUCAUUCUGGUAAACUCUGGGUGCUAAGAAUGAAAACAACCCUGGUGAGUUUUACAAGUGAGUGAUAAAGCAUUUCAUUGGAAAAAUGUCUUCACUUUCUAAUUUUAAAUCAACAGUCCUGUUACAGAACAAUGCUAGAUACAUGUAGAGGAGGGUAAAGACUUUUGAAAAUGGAGAGGUUUAAAACUUUAAAGUUUUUCAUUAUGUAUGUAAAGUCAGUGUAUAGAUACAAUUUUUUUCUUGAAAUUGCAUUUGUAAUUUAAAAAUAGAUUAUCUACUUUUUAAUUAAAAUAUAAAAGUAUUGACCUCUGUGUUGACUGGUAAAUUCACCCCCAUACCAGAAUUGCAUAAGUUAUUUAUAUUUUGUGGCGAGAAACAAAAACAUGGAUAUUUGAUUUGUGUACUGUCUUUUUAAUCUUGGAAAGGAGGGUAUAAGUAACAAAUUUGUGUUAAAGGGAAUCAUUUUAGGGCUAUUAGUUGGGGUAAAGCUAACUGCUGUAACAAAUAGACCUCAAAAUUCAUAAUGAAUAAUUUAUCAUUUAUGUAGAGUUCAUUGUUGUUCUGGGACCCAGGUUUCUUUAGUCAUGUAGCUCCCUCAUCCUCCAGGGCAGCCUUUCUCCACCUGGGUUCUCUAGAGAAAUAGACCUCUGGAACGCAUUUUCAUGUUCUCUGCAUAUAGUGCAGGCCUUAGGGCAUUAGGGUUUACUUCUCUCACAUGGAAACCUACUUGAUUAGGACAGAGAUAAUGACCUGCCUUGCAGAUACUUACUUAUAGCAGGUAGAAAAGGAAAAGAGAACAAGGAGGAAACACAUAUUUUAACAGCUGUGGCCUGGAAAUAGCCCACAUCAUUUCUGCGUCCAUUCAGUGGCUAGCAUAUGGCUGUGGUGAGGAAGGCCAGGGAGGGAAAUUUGACUGCACCCAAGAGGAGAGACUUGAUGUUUGUGCCAACAGCUAGCAACCCUCCCCUCGGAACUAAAGUUCUGCUGUAAAGUAGAUUUCAGGACAGGUUUAAUAACUAAAACAGUAGUUGGUUGCCACAUCUUCACUGGGUUCAUGAGUAGUUAGGGGGUGCAGGACCCUGCUCCUGAGGUUAGUGUAAAUUAGUCUUACUAUAGUCUCCUCCAUUUGACCACUUAGGGUUAUACUCUCUUCUAUUUCUGAAAUGUGAGCUCUAUGGCAUCCUACUUUUUAUGAGACUAUAUGCACUAUAAUACUUUUCUUUUGCAUUUUCAACCCUAAACUCAGACAUUCACAUAAUUUAUAUUAUUUUUGGUAAUCCCUGAAGUAGUAAAGUGUCAUUAUAUCUGCUUCAAAGAUGAGGUAACUGAAAUUCAGAGAUUAAUUACUUGCCAGAGUUACUGGCAAAUUCGAGUCCCACUGUUGAGUCUCCUUUCUGUUUUAGCCAUAGUCUAAACUGUACCUUUUGAGCUUAAAAUCUCUAGAUGGUUCUAGUUUUAAAUUGUAUGGUGUGAGGGUAAAUACAAAUUGAAGGGAAAAAAAGAGUAUAAAUUUUCUUUGGUGCAAAGAGGGGAAGAGACUCCCUCCCUUCACUCUUCUUAGGGCAUUCUUUAAAAAACUUGUAAUUGUAAAUCCUUUCUCUGCCCCUUUGAGAUCUAUGUAAAUCUUUUUAAAAACAAAAUAAGCCUUUUGCCAACUUGUCAACCCAGGAGUGUCUUUCUCAGGGACCUGGGAGCAUUUCCCUUAAAUGUAAACAAGGAAGUUCAGUGCCCUCAUCUCCCCAUUUCCUUGGGAGUUUAACUUAGGCCUUGGCUCCACCUGGUAAUUAUCUGCCUGUCAUGGAUAUGAGAAGUUUUAUUAUUCCUUUGGGUGGAAGCAGUUGGUUAACACAAAGACCACCUCAGUUAACAGGUGAGUUUGAGAUGAACUGUGUUUUACAAAUGGUGCUAUCCAGUCCUCUUACUUGAGGCAAAGUUAUCAUUUAUCUUGAGCACAUUAUGUAAUGUUUUUAAAUCAGCUUGGCUUGCCUGUAUUGUCUCAUUCUGCUUUAAUGCUUAUUCAAUAAUAAAUUUAUUUUUCUUUCUCUUC